AUGGCCGACCAGGAAGUGGAUUUGGACUCGAUCAUUGAUCGGCUGUUGGAGGUGAGGGGUAGCCGGCCUGGCAAGCAGGUCCAGCUGUUGGAGUCGGAGAUCCGUUAUCUCUGCACCAAGGCCCGUGAGAUCUUUAUCUCUCAGCCCAUCCUGCUGGAGCUGGAGGCUCCGAUCAAGAUCUGCGGUGAUAUCCAUGGCCAAUACUACGACCUCCUCCGUCUUUUUGAAUACGGUGGAUUUCCGCCGGAAGCCAACUACCUGUUCCUUGGUGAUUACGUCGACCGUGGCAAGCAGUCGCUCGAGACCAUUUGCCUCCUUCUUGCGUACAAGAUCAAGUACCCCGAGAACUUCUUCAUCCUGCGUGGCAAUCACGAGUGCGCGUCCAUCAACCGUAUCUAUGGAUUUUACGACGAGUGCAAGCGACGAUACAACAUCAAGCUGUGGAAGACUUUCACUGACUGCUUCAACUGCCUGCCCAUUGCCGCCAUCAUCGACGAGAAGAUUUUCACCAUGCACGGUGGACUGAGCCCCGAUCUCAACUCGAUGGAGCAGAUCCGCCGUGUCAUGCGUCCCACUGACAUCCCUGACUGCGGUCUGCUGUGCGAUCUUCUGUGGUCCGAUCCUGACAAGGAUAUCACUGGCUGGAGCGAAAACGACCGUGGUGUCUCAUUCACAUUCGGCCCCGACGUGGUCUCACGCUUCCUUCAGAAACACGAUAUGGACUUGAUAUGUCGUGCACACCAAGUUGUGGAGGAUGGGUACGAAUUCUUCUCGAAACGCCAGUUGGUCACGCUAUUCAGUGCUCCCAACUACUGUGGGGAGUUUGACAAUGCGGGUGCGAUGAUGAGUGUGGAUGAGAGCCUGCUCUGCUCGUUCCAGAUCCUGAAACCAGCAGAAAAGAAACAAAAGUACGUCUACGGGGGCAUGAGCUCCGGCGGCGGGCCCGUCACUCCUCCGCGCAAGCAAAAGAAAUAA